GGUUAGUUGGUAAUGGGGGCUUCGCGGAGCUUUGGGCGGCUUCUGGUUCUCUUCAGCGUGUUGGUGGCUGAGGGUGUUCGGGGUGCCUUCCCUCGCCUCCGCGCGGCCUCGCUCCCGGAUCCCGCCUCUGGUUCGGUCAGCCGCUCUUACCGCACCUGCUACUUUGACCAGAAGAUUGACCACUUUGGCUUCGCUGAAGAUCGCACAUUCAAGCAGCGCUUCCUCAUAGCUGACCAGCACUGGAAGCAUUAUCAUGGAACAAUCCUUUUCUAUACUGGCAAUGAAGGCGACAUCACCUGGUUUGCUAACAACACGGGUCUUAUGUGGAACAUAGCUGAAGAGCUCAACGCUCUCUUGAUAUUUGCAGAGCACAGAUAUUAUGGAGAGUCUCUGCCCUUUGGAAACAAAUCGUUCACUAAUGCCAAGUAUUUGAAUUACCUUUCUUCGGAGCAAGCUCUGGCAGAUUUUGCGGUCCUUGUUCAGCACUUGAAGAAGACUAUCCCGGGAGCCCAGAACACCCCUGUCAUUGCUAUAGGGGGAUCAUAUGGAGGGAUGCUUGCUGCUUGGUUUCGAAUGAAAUAUCCUCACGUAGUAGCUGGAGCUCUUGCGGCGUCAGCUCCCAUCUGGCAGUUUGAGAACUUGGUUCCUUGCGGCGCCUUUUACAGCAUCGUGACUCAGGACUUCAAGAAGAGUGGGAACUGCUGCUCAGAAAGUAUCCGGAAUUCCUGGGCUGCCCUGAACCGUCUGUCUUCUACAGCGGAAGGCUUGCGGUGGCUUUCUUGUGCAUUUCGCCUGUGCAGUCCACUAAAAACCGUGAGGGACGUUGCUUCCUUCAAAGCCUGGCUAAGUGAGACAUGGGUGAACUUGGCGAUGGUGGAUUACCCAUAUAAAGCCAACUUCUUGCAGCCUCUCCCUGCCUGGCCUAUUCAGGCAGUUUGCAAAUACUUACGAGAGCCCAAACUUCCUGACAAAGCCCUUCUGAAAAACAUCUUCCAGGCUGUCAAUGUCUAUUAUAACUACUCGGGUGAUGCGCCGUGCUUCAACUUAUCGCAGACAGCUACGCAGAGCCUUGGGAUGCUGGGCUGGUAUUACCAGGCGUGCACUGAAAUGGUGAUGCCCAUGUGCUCAGAUGGCGUCAAUGACAUGUUUGAGCCUCAGAAGUGGGACUUCCAUGCCUACUCCGACAACUGCUUCAAGGUUUGGGGCGUGAGGCCUCGUCCUUCUUGGAUCCCUACUUCCUACGGGGGGAAAAACAUCAGCUCCCACAGCAACAUUAUCUUCAGCAACGGUGGGCUCGACCCCUGGUCCGGUGGCGGAGUGACUCGGAACAUCACGGACACCCUGGUUGCUAUCAUGAUCCCAGAAGGCGCCCACCAUCUGGACCUGCGCGCCAACAGCCCUUACGACCCGGACUCUGUUCUGCAAGCCCGGAUGCUGGAGGUUCACUUCAUGAAGCUGUGGGUGGAGAAGAUCAAGACGCACAAGGGCAGAAAAUAACCCGAGCCAUUGCCUUUUGUGGGCGGGACUUCCACUUGUCCUCAUCUGGGAACCGAACUGAGCCUUCUCCAGCCACUUCUUUCCCUUUCCAAACUCCAGAAUUACCCACUGAACAUUCAGUCUUAUGAGACAGCUGUCAGAAACAUGGACCAAAGAUUGUGAAUCUAAAUCGACAAAAGUGCAGCUCCGGGACUGGUGGUGGUUCUUAUUGGGCAGCCCCAAUCUGCUCCGGUCAUGAAUGUUUUCUAGUGAGCUGCGAAUAGCACAGUAAGCAUUUAGGAGCUCCUCUUCAAAUGCUGUUUCUACAGCAACAUCUCUACCUCACUCCCUAGAAGUACGUGGCACUUCCUCCAUGCUGGGGCACUGUGUGGGGAAGAAUAGCAGUUACCACUGGAGACAUCCCCCCCCCCCACCAAAUUACAUGGCUUGGUGCCAUGUAAUUCGCCCUCAGAGCACUGACAGCCAGAGGUUUUGAUGGCUUAAAAGGAGAUGAGAGGUAUUCUCAGAGAAUAAUACUAUCAGCCUCUGUGAGCUAUGUUGGCUAGAUGGAACCUCCAUGUUUAGAGGCAGUCUAUCCCUGUCUAUCUGGUGCUGGGGGACAAAGCCCACUGUGACAGGAUGAUGGUCUAGAGCAAAGCCUUAGUCUGAGCCAGUGGGUCUCUCCAGGUGUUCAACAAGCAAUGUGAAACAGCAGGGUAAAAAACCCCUCCCUGCACACAGCUGCAUUUUGGAUCCCGAAAGCAUUUGCACAUUCGUUUUAUGUUCAGGAAUUGACCAGCAGCUGAGGCCAGUGUGAAGUAUUCUCCAAGUGGUGUUGGCUUAGUAUGUAUGUGGGGAAGGAAGGACGGAUAUUUGCAAGAAAAAACCUCCUCCCCCGCUGACUGCUUUCUUCCCCUGCAAACCAUCCUUCUAAGCCGUUCUGUCUCCAUCCCAACGGUGCUGUGAUCUCUGUGCCUGACUGGGAAUGAUAGCAGACAGGGAGCAGCAGGCAAAAGGUGUAAACAUCUCCACUAGCAUAGGGGUGGUGGUUAUGCAAUCUCAUUUGUGCCUGUUACAAGGCCAGAGUGGUGGCGGGGGGAUUGCACUCUGUUGGAAGAAUCGUGUGUUUUUGAGGAUUCGAUCUGUGUCUCUUUGCAAAAUUUUCUGCUCAAAGAACAAAAAUUUGAAGAUGACAAGUAACCUUUGGACUUGCUUUACGGGACUGUUAACUGAACUCGUGCAGCUCUUGCGCUUCUCAGUACUUUGUUCUUCAGGCCUCUUUGCCACAAAAACAGUUAGAGCAACCCCAUUUCACACUACAGGAGUUAGAGAAACUCACACUGCUGGGAGCUGACGUGGCAUAGUGGAUAGUGUUGGAUGAGGAUCCUGGGAGACCCGAGUUCAAAUCCCACUUCUACCAUACAAACUCACUGGAUGACCUUGGGUCUGUCACAGACACUCAGCUUGACCUACUUCACAGGGUUGUGAGACAAUGGAGAGGAUGAUAUUCUAAGCCGCUUUGAGUCCCAGCUGGGGAGAAACAAAUAAAUGUAAUUUAAAUGCAGUGCUUCUCUUGAUCUAUAUACAAAGCUCUGUGUUUAUCCAAAUCUUAAAAUACACGCCAGCUCUGUGGACAGGCCAAUGGAACAGGGACAGAUAGAGAGAGACCCACAAUUUGGAAGCAGUCCUUUUUGAACACCCAGGGGUCUGUAAAUACUAUUUAAAAAAAGCAAGUGCAGGUGAUUGGAUGUAAAGCAAACACAACCCAGUACUGCUCAUGUUCAGUCCAAUUAGGUGUCACUGAUCUGUUAGACUGAUAAUACCAUGUAGAUAGAUCCAGAGGAGUUAGCCGUGUUAGUCUGUAGUAGCAAAAUCAAAAAGAGUCCAGUAGCACCUUUAAGACUAACUAACUUUAUUGUAGCAUAAGCUUUCAAGAAUCACAGUUCUCUUCGUCAGAUGCAUCAAGGGCAAGAAGAAACUGGUCAGAUAUAGAGGAGGAGAGGGGAGGGAGGAGUAGAUGCAAACAGCUGCUUCUGAUAUGGAGAUCAGUUUGCUUCUGUUAAGGAAGUCGUUACUUCCGAUAAUGAGAACCAUUCAUAGUCUCUAUUCAAUCCCAGCUUGACUGAUUCAAAUUUACAUAUGAAGAGAACUGUGGCUCUCGAAAGCUUAUGCUAUAAUAAAAUUGGUUAGUUUUAAAGGUGCUACUGGACUCUUUUCGAUUUUGAAUACCAUGUAGGACUGUGUCAUGUGGGGAUAGUGCGCUUGAGUGAUAGAAAUCCAAGUUUUUUGGAAAACUCCAGGGUGAAGGAACCGUCCAUUUUAUUCAUACAGCAGCAGUGUGAAGGAUUAUCACGUUAGUGCGGACACUAACCUACCGCUGGCUCUUUUUUGUGUUGCAGUUGGUUCGCUUUCUGGUGUGUAGCAUCAUCACGAUAGUGGACUGUAUCCUUCCACUCUGCUAAGCAAAGCCUGAAAUCUUCAUCCAACUUAAAUGGCUUUUCCUCCGGUGAAAGAGCUGCUUAAUUUGGAGAAAGGAUAUUCCUCCAGUUCUAAAGCAGGAUUUCCACCCAGUCAGUUGUAAUGCUGAUCUUGUUAAAAUCUCUUGCAGCAGUUUACUUAGGGUUUUUUUUUGAGGGGGGGGGUCAAUUCUGAUUUUAAUUGCAUACUUGGUGUGUAUUUUAAUAGGAUCUUGCAUGUAAAAGUUGCGCUGACCUUUUUUCUGGUUUCUGUGGCAUUUAACUACUCGGUGGAAAUGGAAGUAAUUCUAAAUCUGUGACCCUCCUUGAGCUUUGCAUGGGCCGCUGAUGAAACUCCUGGGAAACAGUGGCUGGUGUUGCAGAAAGCAUUGGCUGUCUGGCGUAUGGACUGUUGUUCAUCUGUUUGUGGUGGUUUGUCUCGUUCGCGAGCCGAAGUGAAGAAGUAACACAGAGGGAAAAGAAAAUCAAAUGGUUCCUGGGGUGGAAUCAAAGGAGCCCUCUUCCCAGAAGAAAGGUCUUUAAUGACUCUGAGAUUAGAAUACGAGUCGAGGACUAAAAGCUGUCCGUAAUUUAGCAGGAUCGGAGCUCCUACUUGGUCAGUCCAGGGAGUAAGCCACCCGGUAGGGUCAAGGAGCAUCUCCGGUAGCUAGAAGAAAGCGUCCUUGAUUUCUACGGCUGAUCUCCCUGCAGUUUCCUCUCUCAGCAAUAGCCAGAUAGUGGUACACAGGCCGAAUCCCUGCCCGGCCAUCGCUUGGCUCACCAGCUUUAAAAGCUCCUGUGGUUCAAGUCCUGACACCAUGUUUUAUGUGCCUCGUGCCUGAACAGGAACAGAGCAGCGCACUGCAUCCUAGAAGCUUUCUGCCGUCUAGAAUUUAUUUUAAAACUUAUUAUCUUGUGGUAGCACUUGUAGUAAACACUCAGGGCUGCAUUUGUUGAAGUUUGUUGAAUCUUUGUAUUCGUUUGUAUAAGCAACUCUGCAAAAGAGAACAUUCCAUGUUACAAGUAGAAGGAAGAGCGUUCUCUCUUGCAAUGCACUUUUCUGUUGAUUUCUUUUUAUUAAAGAGACAUUUACAAUCUA